AUGGGUUUCCAAAGAGCAAAGGAAGAUCGACCAACACCGCGAGAAGUAUACAAUGUCAAAGUGUAUGCGGCUGCCAUCAUAAUUUCGCUCGGGGUCCUAGCCUACGGUUACGAUUCAUCCUUCAUUGGCACGACGAUAACGCAACCUGCUUUCAAAAGGGAUUUCGGCCUCGAUGACAUGACAAAGUCUGAGCAAAAUGCCGUCAGCAGUAAUCUUACCAGCAUCUAUUCCGCUGGUGGUUUCUUUGGAGCAUUCUUCAUGUUCUUCUCGCUCGAACUCCUUGGUCGUUGGUGGACAUUGGUCAUUGCCAAUAUGAUCUUCACGGUUGGAGCUAUUCUAUGCACUGUCCCAACGCAUCAGAUCGGCUUAGUCUACGCUGGACGACUUCUGACUGGUCUUGGAGUUGGCGGGAUUGCGGCUGUAUGUCCGAUCUACGUUGCUGAGUUCGCUCCGCCUGCUAUUCGAGGUCGAUUGACGGGCUUCUUUGAGUCCUCUUAUCAAAUUGGAGCGUUGAUUGGCUUCUGGAUUAACUAUGGAAUUGUCAAAACCAUCGACACCUCGUCCUCAACCGCAUGGCGAAUCCCAAUGGGAGUCCAGCUGGUUCCUGCAGGCAUGCUCGCAAUAGGGAUUCCAUUCCUUCGAGAGUCUCCUGUCUGGCUCCUAAAACAAGGACGUGACAACGACGCCGCUCGCGCAUAUAGCUACUAUCGCAACUUACCAGCCGACCACGAGUACAUUGCUCAAGAUAUUCAGUUCGUCAAGCGAGAAAUCGAAAGCGAGAGAAAGAAGUCCGUCAACGGGCGGCUAUCAUUUCUCAACUUCCUCAAAGAUGCCGCUAGCGAGGCCUCCAUGAAGGGCAUGCGCAACAGGUUCGGGCUUGUUUUCCUCAUGUUCAUGUGGCAGGCCUGGAGCGGAGCGGCAGCGAUCAAUUACUACAGUCCCACUAUCUUCACUUCGAUAGGCUUGACCGACACGACGUUAUGGACUGGCGUCUACGGCCUGAUCAAAGCAGGAGGCUCAAUCAUCUUCUUCACAUUCUUCAUCGACACCUUUGGGCGGAAGAUGCCUUGGAUCGUCUCGUGUCUCGCUUGUGCUGCUUGUCAGUAUUACUUGGCAGGUUACAUCGCGGUGGGAGCUCCUGAGGCCGGCGCCGGAAUGAGCCCCAGCACCGUCGCUGGAGGCAAAGCCGCGACGGCUGCGAUCAUGAUCUUUGGAGCGACGUGGUCUUUUGGAGCAAAUGGUUUACCUUGGAUCAUUUCGAGUGAGAUUUUCCCGUCCUCUCUACGAAGCAUCAGUGGUCCGUGGGCCGGAAUGAGUGUUUGGUUGUGGACGUUUGUCGUCACGAAGGCUUUGCCUUCAAUGUAUACGAGCAUGGGAUAUGGUGUGUAUAUCUUCUUUGCUAGUAUGCUUGUUCUGGCAUCGGUUUACGCAUGGUUCUUCAUUCAUGAGACGAAAGGGUUGCGUCCGGAUCAGAUGGAUGGCUUGUUUGGUUUUGAGAGAUCGAGUGCGAGUUCGGCAGACGAUGUUGGAAAGGUUGACAGUUGGGAUCCUGAUGUUGAUGUUGAUGCGAAGGUCAGCACGACACGGAUCGAAAGAGUCUAG